UUCAGAACUGAAUGAGUUGAGGAGUACCAUUGAAGCAUUGAAGAAACAGAGUGCGGAAGCCGGAUUGACAAAGAUGGCCCUGCAAUCCAUGCAGGCAGUCCAGCGAAGUACGGGUGUUCCUAACUUAGUUCGCCGUCACACAUUUAACACUACUAAGGAUACUGCACUUCAGGAGAGCAGAAUAUCGCGCCAAUUUUCUACGGAAUCGAUGUCGAGUGCUAAUUCUCUAUCUAGCACAUCAAUCAAGAAUGCCGAAUCAAAUUCAGCAAAGAAGAAGAAGAAAAAGAGCUGGUUUAAAAGUUCGUUCAGUCGAGCCUUUUCUAGAAGCAAAAAGAAUAAAAAUGGUUCAGUAUCCGAUGUAGAAGAUACGCGACAAUUUCAGUCUGAUUCCUCCACACCAAAUUCUCCACUUCUGGGAUCCUGCCAUCAUCUAAGCAAUGGAAACAUAGCGCAAAGUUUGAAAUUAUCCCAUUCGUCAUCGGCAAUUUAUGAUAAAGAUGACGAGCCGGCUCCUGAAAUUGUGGUGGAGCUUAAAAAACAAUUGCGCGAGAAAGAUCUAGUAUUGACGGAUAUACGAUUGGAAGCCCUGACCUCGGCCCAUCAGUUAGAAGGUCUUAAAGACACAGUCAACAAAAUGAGAGCCGAGAUGAUGAAUCUAAAGCAGGACAAUGACAGAUUACAGCAGAUAGUGUCUUCUAAAUCUCUAGCAUCUUCCCAAGGUUCGUUAGAAAACAAUGCAGAAAACAUCGAGAAGAGAUUAUCUGGUCAAAUCGAUCCUUCCAUUAUAGAUCUGCAAACUAAAGAUAACCACGAUGGGAAGAGGAUAACCAUCUCGGUAUUUCUGGGAAGUCACGGUGAUUACGUAAAAUAUAUUAGUCAUACUAAGGAAACUUUAAUUGGAUCAAUAUUUGUCAGCAAUAAAACCAAAUGGGAUCUCCUUGACAGUAUGGUCAAACAGGCAUUUAAAGAAUAUAUUUUCCAAAUCGAUCCCGUAUCUACUCUUGGUUUAAGUUCAGAAAGCAUCCAUAGUUAUCAUAUCGGAGAAAUUACUAGAUCAAAAGAUAAUAACUUACCUGAACUAUUACCUUGCGGUUACUUCGUGGGAGAUAAUGCACAAAUUCACAUUGUUUUAAAAGGGGCCAAACAGAAUUCAGUCGAUGCUUUGGUAUUUGAAAUGCUUAUUCCAAAAUUGAUAGUACACCGUUACGUUUCAUUGUUAACGGAUCAUCGCAGGAUAAUACUUUGUGGUCCUAGUGGUACAGGAAAAACUUACAUUGCUCAAAAACUAGCCGAAUAUUUGGUUCUUAAAAAUGGCAAAGAAAUGACUGCCGGCGCAGUUGCUACCUUCAGUGUGGAUCAUAAAUCGGCUAAAGAAUUAAGACAGUAUUUAUCGAAUAUAGCUGAACAAUGUGAGAGCAGUAAUGCUGGUGAUCUUCCAUCUGUGAUUAUCUUGGACAAUUUGCAUCAUGUCGGAUCAUUAGCCGAAGUUUUCAAUGGGUUUUUAAGUGCCAAAUACCAGAAAUGUUUACUUAGCCCAUAUAUAAUUGGAACAAUGAAUCAAGCGACUUGCUCAACAACAAAUCUUCAACUGCAUCAUAAUUUUAGGUGGGUGUUAUGUGCCAAUCACAUGGAACCAGUUAAGGGUUUCCUAGGACGAUAUCUUCGCAAGAGAUUGAUAGAAGAGGAAGUACAAAAAGGAAAAACUAACGAAGAUUUGACGAAAAUUAUUGAGUGGAUGCCUAAAGUUUGGCAACACCUCAACAAAUUCUUAGAAACUCAUAGUUCCUCCGAUGUUACAAUAGGUCCGCGGUUGUUCCUCUCCUGUCCCAUCGACAUUUCAAAUUCUCAGGUAUGGUUCACCGACCUAUGGAAUUAUAGCAUUGUUCCGUAUCUCUUAGAAGCGGUGCGCGAAGGUUUACAGCUUUACGGAAGAAGAGCACCCUGGGAGGAUCCUGCAGACUGGGUCCACAUGACCUAUCCGUGGCCGCCUCCCUCGGCCGGAGAAUGGCCACAACUAUUGCGAUUAAGGCCGGAAGAUGUCGGUUACGAUAGUCAUCUAGGAUCAGGUUUAGGUAACAAGCAUCUGCAUUCGAACCCCAGCGAAGUGGAGGGCGAUCCCUUGCUGAACAUGCUGAUGCGCCUGCAAGAAGCCGCCACAUACUCUAGUCCUCUUUCCAACGACAACGAAUGCACGAGAUUAGACAACAAAAUCCACAAGGAAGAACUGAUCAGCGGUGGAUUGGAAUCCACGCUAUAGUGCCUUCUACCCAACAGUAUUAAAGAAAAAAAAACAUAUCUCAUAAGAGCUUCCAUACCAUUGAGGUGCAUUGCAGACGAAAACGCUUGCCUCCUCUCCCUGCAAUGGGGAGAGUUAAUAUUUGGCAUGUUCUUAAGUUAUAUUUUUUCAUAACUAUGGCUUUUUGAGCAAUGUUGUCGGGAGCGAAUAUUUUAUAUUAAAUGGCUGCUAGUGUCGAUAUUUUAAACACGAUAUGCUUACAUAUGGUGCUGUGGAGUUGCCUUUUUUUGUAUAUCGUUUGUAUGAACAUUGAGGCGAGUUUCGGCCGGAUAAUUAUACCAUUAUCCCUGAGCACGAGCUGCCUCGACAUUCCGUGAUCUUAAAAAAAAGUUUUGAUAAAAAAGAAUUUAUACUUUUGUAUUCAUGUAUAUUUUGAAAUGCAAUUUUGUGCACAGUUUAUUCUUACGAAGAGAAACUUUUUUCAAACAAUGCAAAUUAUUUAAAUAAUACUGUACUUAGUCAUUGCCACUUUUGAUACAUGUAACGUUUUUGAUAUAGGAGACUAGUAUUUAUAAUUAACGCAGAUUGUAUAAUACUAUAUAUAUAACGGUAUAUAAAAAUAUGAUUUUAUAUUUGCACUUGCUAUUUACUAAGACACCAAAGAAUUUGGACAAGCGAUAUCAGUUGCUUUUCAUACACAAACAUAUGUAUUUUUUUCUUUCGUAUAGUGAAAUUCACGUUUUUUGAAAGUAAUCUGUGAUGAUGUGUCUUUGAUGUGUAUAAAUUUGUAAAUAAAUACGAUGUUUUACGAAUAAA